AUGGCAACUAAAGAUACCGAAGCUAGUGUUAGUUUUCCGGUUCUCCUUAGUGAACUGACUGGAACCGAAGCAGAAUUAGUUUUUAUCCCGCAAACAGUUAUGACUAAAGACCAAUUACAAGCCGAAUUAACAGCCAAAGUUAAACCUGGCAUCAAACCGAGCCAUUUAAAACGUUCCAAGUCGUUGGGUGCUAUUCCUAAUGCUCCCCCUUUACCAACUAGUCCCGAACUAAUUGCUUGCCAAGCCGAGAAUGCGGAAUUAAGAAAGCAAAUAAUUGAGUUAGAAAAAGACUGA